AGCAAUAAAGGAUUCAAGCAAGAUAUACACGGAGAGAGCGAGAGAGACGGAACAUGGCUCCCGCAAUCGGAAUCGCUAUCCCCAAUCCAGUGGCGGGAAAGCUGGGAUUAGGGUUCCAGCGGGCGGCUUCGGCCGCUCAGGUUGCGGAGGCAGAGGAGCUCCGGCGGAGAAACCUUGAGCUGGAGAGAGAGUUGGGAGACAGGAAAAGCAGAGAAGCGGAGAUGAGACGAGAGCUGGAGAGGACAAAGGAGAGGCUAGCGGCGGCUGAGGAAGCGGAGGAGAGGCUCUGCGCGCAGCUUGGAGAACUCGAGGCGGAGGCGAUCGAGCAAGCAAGUGAAUACAAUCGCCGGAUUAAGAUGCUUUCCGAUCGGCUUGCGGAGGCGCAGAGAAGGAUCGAAGCUUCUGGAGGGACGAUCCUCGCCGUCGAUUGAUUGAGGUAGGAAAGAUGUCUAGAUCUGGAAAGAGUUUAGGCGUUUUUAUGUUUGUUUGAUGGUUUGAAUAAGGCAGCUGAUGGUAUGAUUGUGGAAAACUGGAAACGGAGUUUUGAGUGUUGGGGAGAAAGAAGUAGGAGUUGUUGUAG